UCACUCAUUGUAAUGACAGCCCACCUCUGGAAUUUCAACUAGGAGAGAGAGCGAGAAGGAGACACACAGCAUAUGGGGUUGAGUUCAGAAGCAAGGGAGAGAGUGUUUAUGUGUGGAUGUGUGCAUAUGUGUGGAUGGGUGAGUGAGUGAGAGAGAGAGAGAGAGAGAGAAGAAGAGAGGACAGCGUGGAAAGCAGAUGAACAAAGCCAAGUGAGUGUGUGAGCUCAAGAGACUGCAGCUUCACUGAGCCUCCUGCGUGGACGUCUUGCCUAGGUGAAUGGAGUGUGUCGCCUCAGGGAGAAGGAGAACAAAAGCAGGAGAAUAAAAGCCACGGGGACAGACGAGUGUGAAGUUAAGCGCUGAAAGAAAGGGCUGCGUUCACUCACAGACAUGCAGUCUCUCACCUGGAUCAGUGCGCUGCUGCUGCUGCUGUGUAUCACAUCUGAAUGUGCCAACCUCUCCAGGCAAAGAAGACAAAUCUCAGGCAGUCAUCCUGGUGUGUGUCGUUAUGGCAGAAAACUAGAAUGUUGCUAUGGUUGGAAGAAAAACAGCAAAGGUCAAUGUGAAGCUCAGUGUGAACAUGGCUGCGAGCAUGGAGAAUGCGUUGGCCCCAACAAAUGCAAAUGCCUUCCCGGAUUCACAGGAAGGAGCUGUAGUCAAGAUCUGAACGAGUGCGGCUUGAAGCCACGGCCCUGUGAGCACCGCUGCAUGAACACCCAUGGCAGCUACAUGUGCUACUGCCUCAACGGCUACACGCUGCAGCCCGACGGCUCCUGUGCCAACUCAAGGACCUGCACCCUGGCCAACUGUCAGUAUGGCUGUGAGGAGGUCCAGGGAGAGACUCGUUGCCUCUGCCCCUCCAUGGGCCUCCAGCUGGGGCCAGACGAGAGGUCCUGCGUGGACAUUGAUGAAUGUGUGACGGGGCAGAAUCUUUGUCCUUACAACCGGCGAUGUGUCAACACAUUUGGCAGCUACUUUUGCAAAUGCCAGAAUGGGUUUGACCUGAAAUAUGUUGAUGGAAAAUAUGAUUGCGUAGAUGUGGAUGAGUGUAUUUCUGGGACCCACAAGUGCAGCCAUCAUGCUGAAUGUCUCAACACACAAGGAUCGUACAAAUGCAAAUGCAAGAAAGGCUUCAGAGGCAGUGGUUUUGACUGCUCUGUCAAGCCCUUUUAUCAGGGUGCGUGGGACGGAGACAAGGGCAGUGCAGAUGAGUUCCUCAAUGCAAUCCCAGACUCCCCAGUGAAGCCUCGCAGGCCUGAUAUCGAGCAGAAGAACGUGAUCCCUGAGCCUGAGGUGACUGAGCCCCCCCGACCCCGUCUUCAGCCUUUCGACUACGAAGGAGAAGUCUACAUAGGCAGCCCUACAGACUUUGAGAGCUUUCCUCAAGAGGAGACUGAGGAAGAAGAGCCUGAGAGGGGAGAUGGCGGAGAGGAGAAUUAUAUAGACAAUGAGGAACAUCAUCGAGGAGAUGUUUUCACUGCAGAGGACUUCAAGUCGGUGUAUGGUCCCCCAACUGAAGUUAGGGAGAUACAAAUAGAUCCAACACAAGAUGAGUUCAUCACAGACUGCAACUUUGACCAGGGAGCUUGCGAGUGGAUGCAAGACCAAGAAGAUGACAUGGACUGGGGGGUUUCUUACCAUGACAAUGGGCUGGAGUAUUAUAUGGCUGUAAGUGGCUUGUUGGGAGAGAAGAAUGAUGUGGCUCGGCUCAAGCUACUUCUUAAUGACCGGGCUAGAAGGGCCGGCAGCUUCUGCCUGACCUUUAACCACCGCAUGGUGGGGCAGCAGGUGGGCACUCUGAGGGUGCUGCUGGACAACAAUGACCAGCUGUGGGAGAAGAGACACGCCCGCCAGCAGGAGUGGCAGACAGAGCUUCUCACCGUCACAUGGGAGAAUGAAGCGCCAGAAGAGGUGAUCUUUGAGGCCGAGCGUGGCAGAGGUGCAGGGGGAGAAAUUGGACUGGACAAUGUCGUACUGACCUCUGGGUCCUGUCAGGAGGAUGAUGCUGCCCUCUUUUAAAUACAAAUUUCUUUCAGGCACAAGAAUUGAUUCCACAGCAUAAUACAAGCUCUCGGUUAAGAGCCAGUAAUCCUCACCAGACAAACUGCAGCCGCCACAACUUCAGCUACCAAUACAGAAUUAAACUUGGUGUCGACUGAAACUGAUAUGUGGGAAGAACAUGUUUGAAAAGAGCUAGAUUUUGCUCUACAUGUUCCUUUGGGAGGUAAAUCUGAGAAAUCUAUUCAAUAUAGAGGUAUUACCAGAUGCAUUAUUUUCUUUUUUAAAUGCACAAAACUAGAUUGAAAAACUCAGGUGCAUGACAUGUAAUGACAUUGCGCACAUGUGCACACACACAAACACACACACACACACACACACACACACACACAUACACACACCCCACUAUGCUGCAGUAUAGUCUUUAGUAUGUGUAACAAGCAUAAGAUAGAUUAAACUAGAUAUUUUUUGACAUUAUUUGAAGGUUUAUAAGCAGUCUCCACUCAAUGUUUGUUGAUUAACUAUUGCAACUGCAUUUAUUGCUGUACAUUUUGCUUCCAUAAUGUAUGCCAUUAAAGUGUUUCCUUUU